CUCAAACAGUUAAAAAGAUAUGUUUAUAUCUAUAAAUACAUUUAACAAGGCUAUAUACCUUUAAAAAAAAUUUCAUGGCUACCAUAAAAGUCCCCGAACAAAAAGUGAUAUUAUGCGGUGAAUAUGGUGUUGGGAAAAGUUCGAUUUUUCGUCGAUUUACGAACAAUACUUUUGUGACAGCAACGGAUCGACAAUCUACUCUUGGUUUGGACCAUUUCGAUAAAGUCUAUAAAGUCACUGAAAGAGAUAUUAGGUUGCAAUUAUGGGAUACCGGCGGAAUGGAAAGAGUAGCCUCAGUUACAUCAAGUUAUUAUAAAUUUGCAGAGGCUGCUAUUCUUGUAUUCGCCCUUGACAAUCCCACUUCUUUUCAUAUUUUAUCCCAACAUUUAUUGGAUAUUGUUACUUAUGCAGAAAAUGCAAAAAUUUUUCUGUGUGGAAACAAAUUGGAUUUGGUCAAUCAAGUACCACAAGUUUCAGAUGCUGAUAUUGAUGCAUUUUGUGAGCAAUGUCAUAACUUAAUAAGUAAAACAUACAAAACAUCUUGCAAGACUGGCGAGGGAAUUGAAGAAAUGUUAUCGGAUAUAGCAACUCAAUUAGUCCAAACAAAUCGUUCCAAAUUGGAACUCCAAUCAAUGGAAGCUCAUGGUUUUAAGGUUUCAAACACAGAGGAACCCAGCGAAGAUUCAUGUUUAUGUUGAUUUUAUGUUUUUAUUAAUACUCAUUUCGCACAAUUAUUAUUAAUCAUUGGCAUUUACUUUUAAUUAUAAUCACAUAUACAUUUAUUAUUGUUUGCUAAAAAUGAAAAACGUCCAAUUACUGUGAUUGUGUUAAAAAUGAAAAGUAUCUUGUUUUAAAUUUGAACUAGUCUUAAGAAAUAGAAGCUAUAACUACUUCAUACUGUGCCAAAAAAAAAAUAAAAAUAAAAAGGCUUUCUAUUUUAUUUGCUUGGAAAGGGAUAAUUACUGAUGGGACGUCAAAAAAUAAUUUUUUUUAAUCUUUAUUCUUACUACAUUCAUAACAAUACCAAAAAAAUAAUAUAAUGUUUUUUGUAUCUCUAAGAUUUAAGAUCCUAUGUAUAGAUUUAAAUCUUAAUAAUAAUAAUAUAAAAUAAUUGACACAA